UCUUUAAUUUUGCUUUCUAAGAUUUUAUGAGUAAUUCUUACGGAAUUUUUUCUAGGUGUGAAGAAAUUCAAGAAGAAAAAAGAAUAGAACAAGAAGAUAUUGCACCCCCGCAUUAUGAUCGCUUGACGCCGCCGAAAAUAAAUGGAAGUCAUGUGAUAGUAAAUAUUAGCAUAUCGAAGCUCAAUGUUCGUUCUAUCGAUGAAUCAGAUAUGUCUUUCAGUGUCGUCAUUGAAAUGUGGCAAACGUGGAAAGAUUUUAGAUUAAAUUAUCCUUCAUGGUCAAAGAAACGCUCCCAAGUUCUGGAUUCUGAUUGGAUGAAAGUUUUAUGGAAUCCCAACAUAUAUUUCAUUAAUUCUGUUGACGGAAAAAUGGAUAACAUUAUUUCUCCAAGUAGUUUUUUCUGGGUAUCAAAAUCCAAAACAGUUUUCUAUUGCUGUAGGUUGCUGUUGAAGCUGAUAUGUGAGAUGGAUUUAGUUCGUUUUCCUCAUGAUGAACAAAAAUGCUCCAUGAAAUUAGCUUCAGCUUUUUUUAGUGAGAAAGAUCUUGUUCUGCAGUGGAAGUAUACUGGAAACAAAACGGAUAAAUUCUCUAGCCUUCAACAAUUCGACAUAACCAAUGUAGAGAACAGUAGAUGUCUUAUGCAAAGGGGAAGUAGAAACGUGUCUUGUCUGGAAGAAACGAUUGUUCUUCUUAGAAGAGGUGGUUACUUUCUCAUUAACGUCUACAUACCGACAAUUCUGAUCGUUUUUAUGUCUAUGUUGACAUUUUGGAUACCACUUGAUGCCGUCCCUGCCCGAGUAACUCUUGGUGUUACUAGCCUGCUGACCAUUAUAACCAAGCAGUAUCAGGCCUCGCUGCCGAAUGUUUCCUACAUUGUGGCUCUCAAUGUCUGGCUGUCCUGCUGUAUAGCUUUCGUAUUCUUCAGUUUAUUGGAAUUCGCUACUGUAAUUGCUCUCAACUCGAAAUCUAAAAAACCUAGUAGUACUUUUCGAGAUGAUUCCGAAAUGAUUUUACCUAUGGUAAUUUUGAAAGCGAAUGGGACAUGGAGCACAAAGCAGUGUUGGAACGCCCUUUUAGAGAAAAAGUUUAAAAUAUCAGCUUACCAUCUUGAUUAUUUUUCUAGAAUAAUUUUUCCCUUGUGUUUUUUCAUAUUCUGUAUCGUUUACUGGCAUUAUUACAAUUCAUUUUGAUUCAAAUGUUUCGAUUAUUACUAUUAUGUAUUAAUUAAAAAGAUUUUGAGAGAGAUGCUCA